GCCCGCCAGAAUGAGCUGAGUUCGCCUGCCUCUCUCCUCUCUCGCUCUGCCCAAGCGUCUGGAUGGCUCAAGAGCUAAGCCCAGGCGGGGGGCAAACUUGGAGAGGCCGUCGGAUGCCGUUGGGAACUGUCGCUGACCCCGCCGGCUUCCGGGACAUCCUUCCCGCCCGCGCUGCUGCUGCUGGCGGAGGCAUCUUUGCACAAGGCGAGUGAAAGGCUGCAAAGGCGGCUGUUGUCAGCGGCGCGGCAAAGGCGGUUGUUGUGGGUGCUGCUGUUGUUAACGCGAUCCUAAUGCCUGUCACUUCCCGGGACGCGCUCUUGGCGGCGGCGGCAGCGGCAGGCAGGAGCCCCCCGAGUCCUGCUCAGGCUCGCUUAGCCUCUCCCGGCAUCUGAUUGGAUACGGCUGGGCUCUGCGUGGGACUGCGGCGAGGGGUCUCGGAAAUCAUGGGUUAUUGCAGCGGCAGGUGCACGCUGAUCUUUAUCUGUGGCAUGCAACUGGUGUGUGUGCUGGAGAGACAAAUAUUUGAUUUCCUUGGUUAUCAGUGGGCACCAAUCCUGGCAAAUUUUGUACACAUUAUUAUAGUCAUACUUGGCUUAUUUGGAACCAUCCAGUAUAGACCUCGCUACAUAACAGGAUACGCCGUCUGGUUAGUCCUUUGGGUUUCAUGGAACGUAUUUGUUAUCUGCUUCUACUUGGAGGCUGGGGACCUAUCAAAGGAAACAGAUCUUAUUCUGACCUUCAAUAUCUCAAUGCAUCGUUCUUGGUGGAUGGAGAAUGGGCCAGGCUGUACAGUGACAUCUGUGACCCCAGCCCCAGACUGGGCACCAGAAGACCAUCGCUACAUCACUGUCUCAGGGUGUGUUCUUGAUUACCAAUAUAUAGAAGUGGCCCACAGUUCUCUACAGAUCUUCCUUGCACUGGCAGGAUUCAUCUACGCCUGUUAUGUUGUGAAAUGUAUCACCGAAGAAGAGGACAGCUCUGAAUACCCGGUGACGGGAGGAAGAUUGGCCUACUGGCUCCCUGGAGCAAAUCAGAUUGAUUUCAUAGGUGGAUUUGAUUCUUAUGGCUAUCAAGGCCCACAGAAGACAUCUCAUUUACAGCUUCAGCCCAUGUAUAUGUCAAAGUAGACAAAGCAAAGUCUGUGGUUGGGC